GCUAGUGUGAAUCGAAGUCUGAUCUCUUUUUUGUGCUAUAUCCAAUUUAUUUUACAUGUCCUAGUAGUUUCAGCUAUAUUUCAAUAAUGGAUUCGGAAUUGUGCACUAUUUAUUGCGGGAGCUUAUCACCCAAAGUAACAGAGGAACUACUGUAUGAACUUUUUUUACAGGCAGGGCCGUUGAAAUCCGUAAAGAUCCCAAAGACUCUUCAAGGUGAAUCUAAAUCAUUUGGAUUUAUCGAGUAUCAGCAUGAGUGUUCAGUGGAUUAUGCCAUUCAACUUUUUCAUCACACUACCCUUUUUGGCCAGGAACUUCAGCUCAAACGGAGAAAACAGAACAAUCCAGGACACCCACCUACUGGACAGAUGUCAGGGAUGCAUCGCACGAGCAGUCUUCCAGUUAUGAUGAAUUUCCCCAUGCAAGCCUCUCAAUUGUUUUACAGGCCGCCAUUCUUAACAGACCUUAUGUAUCCACCAAUAAGAAACAUGCUCAAUUAUGGCCUUGUUAUGACUCCACCUAUGGUGCCUUGCCAUUUGCGCUUUGAUGAAGCUGGUUUGCCAAACAGAGACUUUGUUCCAACUUCAGCUAUCUUGAAUGUACAAUGUAAUGAUAUAGCUAUACCAUUACAUCAAGAAACAGAUCACGCUAAUAGCAGGCAUAAAUCUUCCCAUGAGGAAAGUGGCAUUAAUAAACGAAGGAAAAGCAGUAACAGUAGCUUCAAUCCUAGCAGGCAGGAAUAUGACCGGGAUGACAAAAAAGCAAGAUAUUCGCAUUCAGACAAGCCCGAAAAUCAUCGGGAUAGGCAAGAGGAUGGAGGAAGUGAGGCGAGGUCUAGAGCGUCUUGUAAUGAUUUGCGAGAAACUAGACGUUUUCACAGAAAUGACCACCGAUCUAGUAGACGAGACUAUAUAGACAUUGAUGAAGACGGGAAACGUCGCCGCUGGGACGAACAUAGCAGGAGUAGAUCGCGCUACGAUGAUAGACGUCGAGAGAGCAGAUCGCGUCGCGAUAGACCCGAAAACCGGGAACGGCAUUACAUUGACUAAACGCCUACAUUACCUCCUACAGGAACAGAUAGUUCAAAUCAUGAGACAUUUUUGAGUUUUGAUUUAGUUUUCUAUUGCUGAAUUUCUGAAAUUUCAUGCUCAUAUAAUCGCAAGUUUUGACUUAACCGACAUUAUUGUUUUUCUGAUGCGUCCGUGUUUGUCAUUCUUUAGAAAAAUGUCCGGUAGGUAAAAAAUAAUUUUUAUAAAAAUA